AUGGGUAAUCUAUUCUCAUCAAACAAUUACUCUUCUAAUGAAACCACUACACCUACUUAUGUCUACCAAAACACCGAAAAAACCCUUUUCGAUGUCUCUUCGGAAACGGAAGAUGAUUCAGAAGAAGAAGACAAGAGUCGAUAUAAUGAGCUCGAAGCUAAGAAAUAUUUAAAAACAGAGAAACGACUUGAUAGAUAUUCAAUGAUGAUAGUCUCGAAGUACUUUAAAACAAAGGAAGACUAUUUGAAUAUGAUCACAGUGUGUAAGGACUACCAAUACAUCUUAGACCAAUUCCACUAUAAUCCAAUACCUGUCAAGAACAAGGCACUCUUCCCUCAAUUGGAAACACAACAUUUCUAUACCCAAACAGACUUUAAGUAUCAAGUGGAAGUGAGUCAUAAGGUGAUAUGGUAUCCCCUCUACUACACCGACUUGAUGAUUUUAAAGAAAACGGAUAACACCAUCUUAGCGAAAAAGGUGAUAUACAACGAAGCCUUUAAUUAUCGAGUCACUCCACUUAUUCCAAAAGAAGUGACAUCACUUGGGACGCGAUUGUUUACAGAAGUGAGAUGUAAAGAAAUGACAGUGCCAAGUCAAGUCACGUCACUGUUGUGUCAAUGCUUCACGGGGUGCCACUUCCAAACGAUUAUAUUACCCCCAUCCGUUAUUAGAAUUGAAGACUACUGUUUCUAUCAAUGUAAUGACUUGAAAGAAUUGGAAAUGACUCCAAGUGUGAACACACUCGGACAACACUGGAUUGAUGGGUGUUACUCACUGACUCAAAUUCAUAUCCCAAACUGUCGGACGUUCUUUGCAAAAGUCGACGUCUUCACUUCACGAUUUCUGGAAGACCAAAAUAUCCACUGCGAGGAGAUAGAAUUCUCGGAUAACGACUGCGCUCUAAGACAACGGAAUCAUGUGAGUCCAGUCAUACCAACUUUUAUUACUAAGUUGGAAGAAUUCACAUGUUCUCCAGCUAUUAACUCUUUCACUGUACCUAAAAAUGUUAUAGUAAUAGGAGAAAAGGCUUUUUCUUCAUCACGAGCUACAAAGAUCGUUAUUGAAAAUGGCGUGAAGAAGAUUGGUAGAAAGUGUUUCGAAAGGUGCAGUUGGCUGAAGGAAAUUAACUUCCCAAGUUCGGUCGAUAAACUACACAGAGACUGCUUGAGAGGAUGCACCGCACUGACUCGAGUCGCUAUACAAAGAGACUUAUUCGAGAAAUCUAAAAAUGUUUUUGCUAAUCUACAAACCAUCAAUUUCAUCUUUUGA